UUGAAGCCCUCAUUGUCAUUUUAGCAUUUCUAAAAGCCUCUGUUCCAUCAUAAACCCUAGUUUCAUUUUUCCUCAGAUUCCUGCCACAAAACAAAGAAUGCUGCGAAUCACAAACAUCAAAAAGCUCACAAAAUCAUCAAUCCAAACACAAACCUUAACGCACCAAUUCCAACAAACAUGUUUUGUCAGCGGGACAGCAAAAGGCAAAGGCAAGGUUAAAGAAGGCCAAGCAUUAAAAAGAUCCAAAAUCACCAUCAAAAAGGGUGGGCCUCAACAACCAACCUCAGACCCAGAAACCAAAGGUCAACGCAAAAGUCAACUCGAAGUUAUGGUUGAUGGGUGUUUACAAGCCAAAGCCCCUGUUAGAUUCUUGAAACCCAGAGAACGUGCCCGUGAAGCCCAACGAGAGAAAAUGGGGUUGCUUUCUGAGAACAGGAAGUUAGAAAUUGCUAAUUUUAGAAAGAGUGCGAAGACGGGUAAGGAUGAGGCUGCAAAUGGGUCGGGUCGGAUUGGACCAGAUGGGUUGGAUUUGAUCACAUUGGGGGUUGUGGAUGGCGAAAAGAUUCCGAAAUAUGAGCUGACUGUUGAGGAUGGGAUGAAGUUGGCUAAGGAGUAUAGUAGGAUUUUGAUGAGGAAACAUAGGGCUAGACAGGCUGCGGAAACUGGGUUGUUGAAAUGUAAGAAGGAAGCCAUUGAGGCCUUGCCGGACAAGUUGAAGGAGAAAGCGUUGGUUCCUGAUUUGGAGCCUUUUCCUGCUAAUCGGUUUAUGGCGACGUUGACACCGCCUAUUGAAGGGUAUGUUCAGAAGGUUAAAGAGGCUGCGAAAAGGCAGGAGACGGUUAAGGGGAAACUCAGAUGAUGAGGUGGGAAUAAGAUUGAUCAUAUCUACUAUGGUAGUUGAUUUCCGUUGGCUGGAUCAUUGAAUAGAUUAGACCUGUGAAUGCUUGUCAAAUUGAGGCAUAUAUGAUGAACUUAAAUGUCUCUGUCAGCUAUUGAUUCAGCUCUAUUUGGUUAUAUCUUGUUUUGAGUAGGAUUCUUACUGAAUUAAUCAAUUAAUAAAAGACCUUGUUCAGCUUUCCGCA